UGUGUAUCUUUGGAGGCAUUCAUUCUCGAGCUCCUACAUCGCAUUCACGCACGUAAGGAUUCAAUGACUUUCAGACAGCAGAGGAUCCAACGGCAGCCAGCCACCCCUCAGGAUCUUCAGAGGGCUCCACAUUCAGUGCCUGCUCACGACCAACAUCCUUCACGGGACUGUAGACGACCCAAGCUGAUUCAUGGCUCAAGCAUCGACUACCAGGAACGCCAUAAGCGGAUCCGACUUCUGCCACCUGAUCCAUCUCCCGCUCUAAACCCAUUCAAUGCCCCGGUAGUCAACGCGCUUGAGGGAAUGUUUGAGCGCGUCAUGGCGCUGGCAAACGCUUCCACAGCGCGAGCUUCUACACCCUCAAUAUUAAGAAGACCCAUGCAUACGCAGCACCGCCAACAUGUGCGAGAUAUCAUCAAGCCAGAGGUUCAGGAUACCAUUGCUUCCCAGUCAGCCAGCAAUGUUGAAUCGAAAGGACCUAGGGCGACGACUUUAAAUGCCAUUGAUGUGGGUCGCGGCCACUAUGGACCCGUCUCAAUAUGGUCGACGCUUUCACCAGAGGACACUUCAGGAAAGGUCCGAACACAAGCUGGUUCAUAUCGGUUUAUGCUCCCGCCUCUGGAUGUUAGCUCUACUGAGGAGACUUUGGAAAGGCCACAAGAGCCAUUUUAUGAGAUGGAUGAUAGGGCUCAAGUUGACGAUGACGUUGUCGAGCUGCUGUCAUCAGAAGAUGAAGGCGAGGCUGAGAAGGUCGACACUGGGCAUGAGGGUGAGGUUGAUUACGAAGACGGAGAGGACUUUGAGGAGUAUAGCUAUGACGAGGAAGAGGAGCACCAUGACGACUACGAAGAUGAGCGAGAAGAGCAAGGCCAGACAGACCUGGAGGAUAAAACGGAUAGACCGUUGCGUUCGAAUGUGUCUAUGAAGCCUGCUCAGCAACAGUAUGCCGAAGUCGUUGAACUGGAUGACAGCGAGGAUGAGGAUGAUCAGGACGGGUACGAGGUCGAAGAAGAAGAAGACGAGGAGGAAGCGGAGGAGGACGACGAGGAUAAGGAGAACAGGGUGAAUCCAGAGGACCUCCUUCGCUGGCAACAAAAUGCGAAGAACACUCUACUCCAUGGCUCGAUGGGUAUGUCUCAGCCGAGAGCGUUCGGCUUCAAUCUCUCACAGCACUUUGAACAAGACUUCGCAGCUCGCGAGAAAGACUACUCUCAGGGCGAAGAAGGUUACUCUCAGGGCGAAGAAGAUUACUCUCAGGGCGAUGAGAUCCACGCUGAUGUGGUGGAGGAAGAGGACAGCAUGGACGCAGUCGACGAAGGCGCAUUAGAGAUAGAACAGGAAAUGGACGACGACAAGGAGCUUCAGGAUUACCACUCUGAUUCGGUGAAUAUGCCUUCCGACGCAGAGUCAGAGGGCCAACAAAUUGAUGAGCAGGCUGACCCUCGAUCCUCGCCUGGCGCCUCUAGAGACGGCGUUGUGUUGCUUCGCGACGACAAUGACGAGUACGCGGAACAUGGCAAAGCAGAAAGCGAUCAAAAAAGUGAAAUAGACGACUUGGAAGGCCAGGAGGAGGAGCAAGAAGAGGGCGAGGAGUACCAACUAUUGUCAGGGGGCGUGGAGCAGGUUAGCAGUGGCAUCGUACUCGGUUCGGAUCAACUGGUGAUGGAUUCUGAAAGCGGGGACGGAAGCAUGGCGCCAGUAGACCAUGAAGCUGGUGAGCUCGACGACUAUGAGAGCAGAGUAGCAUUGUUGAUAGAGCCGUCCUCUGCUCAGAACCCAGGGUAUGAUAUAGCCGGAGAGAUGGAAGUGUUGGCUGAGCCAGUCUCAGAGCGCUCCGAAUGUGGAUCGUCGAGUGUUCUUAUUAUGCAAGCUCCUGAAAUGUAUGAUCGCAUUGACUCGGCAGGAUCAUCAUUGGCGUCUCAACUCUUGUCGAGCGACAGCGAUAUCGAGGCGGACACGGCGCACGUCUCAAGCGAUCUGGGAUCAAUAGAGGAAGCCAUGGACUCGAGCGACCCGCUUUACAGCGACGACACGGUCGAGAUGACAGAAGCGCCGCCCUUGGUGCUCUUCUCUGAUAACCAUUUGUCGACGGAGCCCUAUAUGGUCCUUCAGCAGACCACUGAGAUGGUCCAGGAAUUCACCAAUAUUAACAAUAUCGACUCGGCUGUCCCUCUUUCCUUUCUUCCUGUCAGUAUCGAGUCAGUUGCCUCCUCAGAACACCCAGCGGGGAAAGAUCGAAUUCAGGCCCCUGCGCAGUUUACAACCUUCGAAGAUGAUACCACCGAUCAUGCACCUCAGCUUUUAACAGAGUUCAGCGCCGAUCACGUAUCUUUGCUGGAGCGUCUACGUGCUGUGGCCCAGGAGGAGCAUAUACCGCUUUCAGAACCUAACUCGUCUUCAACUCUGGAUCGCACAGAACCGCCAUCAACUAUUCUUCCCUCGAUUGACACCGGCGCACUGGUGGCAGCCUCUCCCAAGCAACCUGAUAUUUUGGAGUCUCCAUCAUCAACCAAAUCUCCUUUGAUGAUGGCGAGCGACGAUCUUGCGUUGGAUUUGUCGCCUUCGCUGCCACGUCGAGCCAGGAUGGCGAGGACAUCAACUAUUGUACAGACGGUCCGGGACGGGAAGGCCUUUAUUGAACACACGGCGACGAAAUCGAGUUCUGACAGUAAGACUAAACAUCGCCUUCAGCAGCAGCACUCAGAGUCGUCGGAGAUGGUCACUUCCGAGUCUUUGGGUGACAGCACUUCAACGCCAGUCAACACCCCUGUGGUAUCGGGAUUGGCGGAGUCAGCGCAUGUGGCAAGAUAUAGAGGUGAUAGAGGUGGGAUGAAACUGUUGGUGGAGGAGGCAAGAGCGUUCUGUAGCGGUGUACCUGUGUCUGUACGUACAGGAUCUAGCAGCAACGCAUCAUUCGGUGCGACUGCACCGUCCUCAUUGUCAUCUUUAGGAUCUCUGGUCGUCGAUACACUGAGCCCCUCGUUACCUCGGGCACAAAGUUCUGGAUCUUCGCCAUCGAGACUCACUGGAAUCGCACGACGGAGGAUCAGUCUUGAGAAUGGAGUGGAUCCACCGGCGGAACUUGAUCACACGACGGGAGUUUCGACCGCAGAGGCAACUACAUCGCAUCAACAUUUGGGCGUUGUUGAUUUGGUCGCAGAAAAGGUUAUCCAGAGUACUGUUGUUGGGAGCCAUGCAUUGCGGCCAUUUAUUACUUCACCAGCGUCCAUCGGACAGGUGGGCACGAGUGUUAUAUCAGGAAGUGGCAGCGGCAGUGGACAGACGGGCUCGCGAUCGAAUAGUCAGGAGCCCCAUGUAGCGUCUCCGAAAACAUCACACUCGCACAUGUCGCCGUCGCAUCUCGGCAUGUCGGUAUUUUCGUUCGGACAACAGGCUCCAUUUGGUAACCGGCUUGGAUCUCCAAGUGUCGGGUUCGGAUUCGGAUCGUCUUUUGUGUCCAUACCGAGAGAAUCCUCCGUUGGAGGUUCGCCGUCUUCUAGAAAAGCGGUUAUGAUUCCUCACCAUCAACAACAUGAGGAGCCGUCGUUACCUGCUCCAGGACUUUCGGAGACGGUGGUGGAGCAAGCGCAGGUGAAUCAGGAAGGCGGAUACCAUGAGGAGGACGUGAGUGAAGAGGAUGUGGGUGAGGAUGAAGAAGUGGAAGCAGAGGAUAUCGACCAGAACAACGCCCACACUCCGUUGCAAGCCGAUUCAUUGGUCAACAGCACUAACGAGAGCCAAAACGGUGGCGGCAGCGGCAUUAUGGUCCGGGCACCAAAGAAGAAGCGGACACAAUCACAGAUCAAGACGAAGAACAAGCAGCGCAGAGAGGCUGCGAAGCGACAAAAGCUGCAGCAACAAUAUCACGGCAUCCCGCCAGGCAACGGCAACAACAGUCAAUCAUCAUCAGAUCCACCAGCUUGAAAUGCGUAUGUUCACAUCCCGUUCUCCCUCCCUUCCCUUUUUACCCCUCGUCUUUUUCUUUUUCUUUUUUUUUUUU